AUGUGGAACGACGAAGAAGAUAAUAACCCUUAUGGCACAAGCUUUGAGCGUCGUGAUUCCAUAACCUCCUCUUCUGCACACCCUACUUCUCCAGGCUCUCGCAACUCGUUGGAUGACUCUCCUGACGAGGCUGAUCCCGACUGGGAAUAUGUAGACCAACAACAUCGCCCGAAUACCCCGUCUUCUACCAGCGAAGAUAUCUCGCCGCCUACUACCUACGGGCAGCAUCAGCAUACUACGAACCCCGAUAGCGAUGAGGAAUAUGGGACUCAGAAUAAUCAAGUGCCGCGGAGGAAACCAGGUGGUUAUGAUAGCCGGAUUGAGCAGAUUCUCUACGAAAAUCCAGAGCUUCCUAUCAUAAUCACCGAUGCCGGAAAGAGCAUGGAGAGUGGCGGCAAGUAUAUCGUUUAUACGAUCAGAACGGGAGACCUCGAAGUCCGGCGCCGAUACUCUGAAUUUGCAUCUUUACGCGAUGCGCUGACUAGGCUUCACCCUACCCUUAUUAUUCCACCGAUUCCCGAAAAGCAUACCAUGGCCGAUUACGCCGCGAACCCUACCAAUGCGAAGCAGGACCAGCAGAUCAUAGAUUUACGGAAGCGCAUGCUAACUGUAUUUUUGAACCGCUGCCGACGGAUGGAGCAAGUUCGGGACGACGGGGUUCUAUGGAAAUUCCUAGACCCGAACGUUAGCUGGAAUGAAGUGUUGCACUCGCAUCCUGUCUCAUCUAUCCCAAAGUCGAUUAUGAAAGCCCCGCCACUGGAUACAGCGAAUCCUACGCCAGCGCAUUCGUAUCUGCCAGUCCCGGCUGCUUCUGCCAAGCUGAAGACGCCCGUGAACCAGCCUCCCGGUCCGGUGUUUGAUAGUUCUAGCACUCUUGCUUCUCAGAUAUUGCGCCGGUUCCCCCCUGAAGCCCAUGGCUUAAGCGAACAGGAAUUAGACCCGUACUUUAUCACCUAUGAAGCAUCAAUCAAAGAACUAGAGCAAGCGCUAAUGGGUCCGAUGGAAAAAGUCAACAGGCGGACGCUGAGCCAUUUGAGUUCUUUGGCAAGUGAUCUUUCGGAUCUAGGCGCCAAAUACAACGCUUUCGCGCUCUCCGAGCCGUCUCCAUCCCUAGCUGCAGCUAUUGAGAGAGUAGGUCAAGCUGCCGAUUCUUCAUACAUCGCAACGGAGGAACUUUCGAGUUCCCUGGGGGCGAGCUUCGCUGAGCCUAUGAGAGAGAGCGCACAGUUUGCGGGGGUCGUUCGUAACGUCUUACGAUACAGGAUCUUGAAGAGGGUACAGCAAGAAAUGGCCAACGACGAACUCCUCAAGAAAAAGGCCCUCCUAGAACAGCUGGAGAGUAGCGAGGCCGAGGCUAAGCGAAUUGACCAAUAUCUCAGCAGCAGCCAACAAAUCGGGGGAAGUUAUCAGGUCCAUGCACCUCGAAGAUCGGUUAGUAUGAGAGAAACGUCAACGUCACACCACAGGGAAGGCAGUGGAGAGGAUACAGCAUCUAUUGAUUCGGAUUUCCUCCCGAGUCAUGCAGAUGUUUCUUCGGUACCUUCAGCCAGAGUAGGAGCUCCUGAGAGAACCUCUAGUUCGAACCAUAAGAAGGUUCCUAGCAGCAAUUCUAUUACCAACAAGAUAUUUGGCCCAAUACGUCAUGCGAUACAAGGUGUUGCUGAUGUAGACCCAGAGAGAACUCGGCGCGACGCUAUAGGAAAGACGCGCGAGAGUAUAGAGCAACUGGAACAAGCUCAGGUAGCAGCGGCACAGGAUGUGAAGGAUGCGAGUGCAAGCAUCUUACAAGAUCUAAAGAGAUUCCAAAACGAGAAAGAAGACGACCUGAGACGCUAUAUGCUGGCCUACGCGAAGAGUCAAAUUGAAUGGGCGAGGAAGAAUAAGGAAACAUGGGAGGAGGCGAAGGCCGAGGUUGAUAAGAUCGAUGAGACGUAG